GCAGCAGCAAAGCAAUUCCAACAAAAAAAUUUGACGUUUCUUGUUUGAGUCCAUACAUAUUUCCUUUUCUACAGAAUUGUUCGAUUUGACAGGCUUACGCACCCAUUACAAUGGCAAAGCAAAAGGUUGCAAAACACAACAAAUCGGCUAUCAAUGAAGUGGUGACGCGCGAAUGUACCAUUCAUUUAUCGAAACGAGUGCACAACAUUGGUUUCAAGAAGCGGGCACCCCGUGCUAUCAAGGAGAUUCGCAAAUUUGCCGAAAAGGAAAUGGGAACGCAAGACGUUCGCAUUGAUACACGUUUGAAUAAGCACAUCUGGUCGAAGGGCAUCAGGAGUACCCCAUUCCGUGUUCGUGUCCGACUGGCUCGUCGACGCAACGACGAUGAAGACUCAGCCAACAAAUUGUACACUUUGGUUACAUAUGUACCGGUUGUGUCGUUCAAAAGCCUUCAAACUGAAAAUGUUGAAUCCAGCGACGAUUAACUGUAUCGAUUCAUUUAACUGUAAUUGAAGUGGAAAUACAUUAAUCAACACAAGCAA